CAAAAUAAUAAUUGAUGUUGAUUUUUUUGUUGACUUUAGUGUGCACUGUAUAUUGCGAAUCUAAUAAUUCGUCAUAUUGUAUUGAGAAGCUAAAAUAAUUGAUUUAAUAACCUAUAAAUGAAUAGAUAGAAACAAUCCUACCGUAUUAUUCUUUAUCAGGUGAUUGGAUUGGGAAGUUUGGAUAUUAUGAUAGAUGUUUUCGAAAUGAAAAUGCAUAUACUUCUGUGGAGAUCGAUUAAUAACUAUACAAGCUAUAUUAUGGAUUUUGUCAUUCAAAUAAAUGUUCAGCUAAAGAUUUCAAUUCUAAGGAUGGAUAAGAAACUAUAAAAAAGAUCUUGAAUGAGAGUGGGAUUGCAAAUCUAUUCAAUGUAUAUAAAUGAAUUGAAUGUAGAUUAAUAUAGAUACUACUAAAUUAAAUUUUUAUGAUCCCAUAAGCUAUUAUCCAAAUUUAGAUUGGGGAACGUAUGUUACAUCAGGAAUAUUAGUGAUAUUAUUUAUAAUGAUCAGUAUAGAUCCUAUAUUGAGAUUUAUAAGUGCAUGUAAAAGCAAACAUACACCUGAUGUUAGAGAUUAGAGAACUUCAAGUCGUCAUAGUUCUUUUGGAUUAAGAGAUGGUUUAUAAGAUAAAAGUUUAUAUUAACCAACAUCAAUCAUUAAAGAUUUUUCAGCCAUUGUUAAUUACAAUAAAAUAAUCAAUCUUAAAACAAUAGAUCCUAAUUUGAGUAUUUUUAAUGGAAUAAGAGCAAUUUCAUUUAUGAUGGUUGCUUAUGGUCAUGUAAAUGAAAUGACUGCUACAUCAACAUAUGUUAGUGAAGUUAAUUUGUAAUAUAAAUCUUGGGUAAUAAUUAUACUUUAUGAUAUGAUGUAUGCAGUUGAUAUAUUCUUUUGGGUUGGUGGGUUCUUUUUAGGUUAUGUUAUGUGUGAAGAAAGAAAAGCAUAAUCUGUACAUCAAAAACCAUUAUCUAUUUUAUUAAGUAUUACACAUAGAUUAAUGAGAAUAUGGCCUUGCUAUUUAUUAUGUAUUGCCAUUAAUUCAUACAUUAUUCCUUAUUUAGGAACUGGACCAAGAUGGUUUUUAUAAGAAAGAGCUACUUAAUGUCCUGGAGGUGCUUGGAAAAAUGCUUUAUUUAUUGAUAAUUUCUAUGAAGAUUGGCUUCUCUGUUUUGGUUGGGGUUGGUACUUAACAUGCGAUUUUCAAUUAUUUCUAACAUGUCUUAUACCUAUUCUUAUUUAUUGUUUUAAUUACAAAGUUUUUUCAAAAAUUCUUAUCAUUUUUAUGAUUAUUACUACUUUAGGAUGGGCUUAUUAUCUUAGCAUUCAUUAUGAUUUUCUUAUACCAGGACGAAAUACUUAUAAUCCAGAUUAUUAUUACAAAUUUUAUGUUAGUUCUUAUGCUAGAGCACCUCCUUAUUUUUUAGGAUUAUUAAUUGGAAUACUCUAUAGAGAAUUCAAAUAAUCAAAAAAUAGUAGAAAAAUUACUUAUUUAAAAUAAUUUAGAGAUUAUGCCCUAAGCAAUGGAUAAAGAUUAAUUAUGUAAGUUUGCUGUUAUGGAUUGGGAUUUGGUAUUAUGGCAUUUCUAUUUUUUGGAUGGAAAAAAGAAUUUAAUCAAAUAGAAAUGACUUGGCCAAAAUGGUUCUAACAUAUUUAUCAUGCACUUUGUAGAUUUUUAUUUACUUUUGGGUUGACACUCAUUGUAUUACCUAAUUUAGUAGGAGCAUAUGAUUUGUACAUAUUAUUACAUUAUCUUAGAUUUAAUUCCAAAUUUAUGAAUAACACCUUAUUUAAAUUUAUGGCUAAAAUCUCCUUUACUAUGUAUUUAGUACAUCUUAUGUUAAUUGUUAUUUUAACAGAAACAUUUUAUGAAACUCCAUCAUUCAUUUAAUUAGAUUUAAUUACCUGUUUUAUUUGCGCUAUAGUACUCUCUAUAGUUUUUGGAUUGUUAUUGUCAAUUUUAGUUGAAUUACCUUUUGGAAAUCUAGAUACUAGAUUAAUAAAAAUAAUUAUGAGGCCAAAAAGAAAAGUAGACACUCUAUUAGAUUGA